CUCCCAGCCUCGCCCUCCCACCGUCCCACGUUGUUCCUCCCGACCCUCGCCGUCCCUCCCGCCGCGACCCGCCCUCCUCCUCCCGACCACGCCGCCCAGCCCGUGUACCACUCCCUCCCAGCCUCGCCCUCCCACGCCGUCCCUCCCGCCGUGACCCUUCCUCCUCCUCCCGACCUCGCCGCCUAGCCCGUGUCGCCGCCGUCGCCCGUGCCACUCUGCUGCUGCGACCACGACAAUGGGGAUGUGGAAGGUGGUGUGCGUCACCGACGCAUCAGCGUACAUCGCGUCCUGGAUCGUCAGGCUCCUCCUCGACCGUGGCUACACCGUCCGCGCCACCGUGCGAGACACAGAGCCCACCUCAGUUGAUCUAUUCAAGAACUUCCAUUAUAGCAAAAACAAUGGAUUUACCGAGUUUGUACAGAAAGCAAUUGAUGAUAUGGAAGGCAUCAUGAGUGAACCAGUACAAGAUGGACAUGAACCAAAGUUAGCAAAUGAAGCUGUUUUUCAGGUUGUCGAAAUCAACUACUUUUCUUCGUGUUGCAGGUGUUUGUUCGGCCUCCAAGAGUACCUCUAGAGGCACAAUAUCGUCACAGGUCCAAGAUCUUUAGAUUACCUUGAGAAUGAGAAGCAAUAAACGGCAGAACUUCGACAAGAGUUGGAUAACAUGAAGAUGGAAUCAGAAACUUUGGUAAAACAUUCUGAGGAAAUAGAGGAUUUAAAGAAGACGCCAUAAGAAAUACAUGCCCUCCUUCACUAGCUGCUAAGCUUCAAUCAGGAUCAGCACAAUCCAGGGCCAUAAAGUUCCUAAGCCCCCAACAGUGAACUAUUGCAGGACGUUUCUGUUUUGAAAUUUGGUUGUUGGUUGAACUAUGUCUAAUUGUUUUAUCAAUAAUUGGUUGCUAGUUGUUUACAAGUAUGACUUAGUAGGUCCAAGUUUAUUGAUUUUUGUUACUGGUACCUCCAAGUUUUGUUGAACAUUGUUGCUUCUUGCAAGACGUAUUGUGAUCUAUGAAUUGGAACUCAUGUCUGCUAUAAUUUUGGUC